AUGAGAAAAGAACUACAAUUCCUUAUAUCAAUACAUCUCAUCAUAGUAUUGUUUUUACUAUACCAAACUUUUGACUUGAUUACUCUGAUUUAUGAUGAUUCUUAUCAAGAUGCUUUACUAGAUAUAGAUUUAAAUCCAACAUCUCCAAAAGAUCAACUAAUCCCUAAAAUCAUUCAUCAAACUUAUAAAGAUACAAAUAUCCCUUUGAAAUGGCAAAAAGGUCAACAAAAUUGUAUAAAUUUACAUCAAGAUUAUCAGUAUAUCCUUUGGACUGAUGAUAUGGCUAGAGAAUUCAUAAGUGAAGAAUAUCCAUGGUUUUUAAACACUUGGGAUAAUUAUAAAUAUCCAAUAGAAAGAGCUGAUGCUAUUCGUUAUUUCGCUCUAAGUCAUUUCGGUGGGAUUUAUAUUGAUUUAGAUGAUGCUUGUGAGAAAAAAUUGGAUCCUUUAUUAACUGUUCCUGCUUUUGCUCGGAAAACUUUACCAACUGGUAUUUCAAAUGAUGUUAUGGGUAGUGUUCCAAACCAUCCUUUCUUUUUGAAAGCUGUUGAUAAUUUACAAAGAUAUGAUUGGAAUUAUUUGAUUCCUUACUUAACAAUCAUGUAUUCAACUGGUCCUUUGUUCCUAAGUGUUAUUUGGAAACAAUAUAGACGUUGGAAUACAAUUCCAGAAUCUGAAAGAGUUAGAAUCCUAUUACCAAAAGAUUAUAAAAAACAUGCUUCAUCUUUUUUUUCAAUAACUGAAGGUAAUUCAUGGCACCUUGAUGAUGCUAAAUUCAUCAAAUCUUUAGCAAAUCAUAUUGGAUUAUGUGUUUUCCUAGGUUUUACAUUAGCUGCCAUCUUAUUAUAUGGUGAAUAUAGAUUAUAUUGUUGGUUAAUUAAUGGGAAUUAUAAGAAAUGCUUUGUUAGAAAAUUAUGGAAUAAAGUCAUCAAGAAAAAUUCAAAUAUUAAAAGAAAUAGAAAAAAUAGUAACUUACCAGCUUCUGAAUAUAUUCAAUUGAAUUCAAAAGAAGUUGAAGUUUAA